GCACUGUCUAAUAAUUUCUUUCCUUUACCUUAUUUGCUGUCAAUAAUUUCUCUAGCUCAAAGAGUCGGGGGAAAUUUUAUGCAUGAACAGGAGUACUAUCUACUUGCGUGGUGCUGGAGGGUUUUCAGACUCUUCACGACCAUACUCAUAUGCUACCUAUCCUGCUAAUCAAGUUUCUCGCAUUUCUAUUCCGAAUUCGGCACCUUCUGCAGUAUGCGACGACCAGACAAAGCAAUCCCAGGCAUUGUUAUACAGGCCAUCUGGGGAUUACAAUCCUUUGCAUUUAGACCCAGAUAUUGCACAGCUUGCUGGGUUCACCCGUCCAAUCCUGCACGGCCUCUGCACCCUAGGAUUUGCUGCUCGCGCCAUCAUAAAAUCUUUCUGCAACGACGAACCGACGGCGGUGAAGAGCAUCUUCGGCCAUUUCCUUCUGCACGUCUACCCCAGGGAAACGUUGUCCACUGAGAUGUGGCUUGACGGCCAGAAGGUGCACUACCAAACGAAGCUUGUGGUUGGAGAAUCUUGUGCCACAAACCAAACAUGUUCAUAUCGUGGCCGUUUUGGCCAUAUGUUGGGCCAUCUGGAAAUCAAGGAAUAGAAUGUCUUUGAGAAUAUUCUAAUUAAAUCACCUAAUGAAAUUAUCUGCCAUGCGAGCGCUCUGAUGAUUUCGUGGACAGGUUUGAGCAAAAGGGAGCUGCAGCCUGCAGGGCUUGAUUCAAGAAGGUGCAAGGCUGCUGGUCAGGGCAGCGAGCGUUAAGUUGGAUGCUCGCGUUGUCGAUCAAGUGGAAGAGGAGAACGAUGAUACAGGGAAUUAAAAGUUUGGUAUAGUGAUCAGCUUUCUGGUGGAAGCCUGACGAGGAUUGUCUACUUUUGGAUCUUGGCCGUGUAGCUUUGUUCUGCUUCUCUUGUGCUGUUCUUGUCCGAGUAUAAGGUCUAUCAUGACAUAAUGCUUGUACCAUCUUUUUCAGUGGUAACUUAUUUUUUCUCAUGCAGUGUAUGUGACUUGAAACUUUGUUAGGACAUAGUUUGUGAAAGGGAAAUGGACCCAACAUUUCCUAUAGUCGAUUUUGGUAUUUAGCAUCCAUCACAAAU